AACAAUGCAAGUUUUGUUCUUUCUUGCAGUGGUAUUCUCUCUGCUUUGGGAAAUCUACUGUCUCAAGCUUUGGAGUACAGGAAGAGCAACAAAGAAAAUAGCCCAAAAAAGGAAAUCAAUGUUCUGGGACCUGUACACUUUGCAAUAUUUGGACUUUUUAUCACAGGUCCAGUCAGUCAUUACUUCUACCAUCUCCUGGAGGUGCUGUUGCCAAACACUAUCCCAUACUGCCUGAUCAAGCGCCUGCUGCUGGAACGUCUAGUAUUCGCCCCUGCUUUCCUCUUGCUCUUUUAUGUGGUUAUGAAUGCUUUGGAGGUAAUUUACAGUUACUUAGUAACGCCUUACACCCAACACUGGAUGAAGAUGAACUGGAAAGUUUGGACCCCAAUUCAGUUUAUCAAUAUUAACUACGUACCUGUACAGUUCCGAGUGCUGUUUGCAAAUCUGGUUGCUUUAUUCUGGUACGCCUAUCUAGCCUCGGUCAGGAAAUGAAACCACAAAACCAGCUACAGUAGGCCUUGGUUGAAUCCAAAUUGUGCCUUUAAAGGAUAUGUUUUAAAUGUCUUCCAGGAAAACUGAUGGGGAAUAUUGGUCAUUUUGUGAUGUGGAUCAGUAAUGAGAUUUUAUUGCUACUUCCACUGACGGUUGAUCGUUGCACUGUUAUGAAUCAUUUUAGAGAAAAAACUUGCUGAUGUCUUUCUACUGCUUGUGGAAGCACUGACAAUGAGGUCAGGGUUAUGAUUGUUGUAUUUGAUUAAUUACAAUAUAUUGAUCACAAACGUAGCGGUUACUAAUACUACUGCUGUUAUCUUCACUGUGAGUUGAUGUACAUAAAUAGCAGUGGUCUUGCUAAUAUAUUUGUAUACUUUCAUAACCCAAUAAAUGCAUACAAUGUUGUUUUUAUGACACUUGGUUUAAAAUAAUUACCUGCACACACACACACACACACACACACACAUGCACACCAAUAAAAAAUGUAUUUUAAGUCACUUAAUAUUAUGAUUUAAAGGCUCUUUACUGUAUGACAGUGUUUUAAAGACGGUAAUAUUGUUGUAUUUACACAGCAUUUAUAGCAGCUCUAAUGUUAACAAAUAAAAUAUACUUAUUACUUUUUUUUUUUUUUUGGUUAUAAAAAUGAAGUUUGCCUCUUUCACAAACACACAGUCAGCUCUAAAUAUUCAUGAUUGUUUUGAAACUCACCACCAUGCUGAGUUUCCUUUUCAGGGAUUAUUAAGCAACUUUCUGUUUCCAUACCUCAGAAAAGCAGUGAGCAUAACAGGCCAUAAACAUGACGUAUGGUACAAACAUCUAAGUGUGUUCAGAGCUCGAAAUCUCAUGGACAAGAAUUACGUCAUAGUGGAAUUUUGUAGACUGAACCAAUGUGAAUUGAUGUAGUUUGUUCCCUAAUGCUUCUAUUAUUAUUACUUUUACUAUUAUUUCUUUAUUUAUUUGUGUAACAUCCAUUAAACAUGCAAUUAUACUCGACACUCAAUAAUAAAGGUUCCAAAUGAGAGUUUUCACAGUGAUGGCAUAGAAAAGAACCAUUUUUGGUUCCCCAAACCUUUCGGUGAACAGAUCAUAAAAGAUUUAUUUUAUAAUAAUGCUAAAUCAUGUUGACUUCAGAUUUGUCGCCAACGAAAACGAAAAGGUGGUUCACUGACAGCUACUUACACAACCUUCAUUUUCCAUUCUGCUCCUGAGUGAAUCAUUGGAAAGAGGGUAUUCCCCAUGAUCACAUGACGAGGGAAACCCAGGUGAUCCGAAACACACCCUACAGAGAGCAACCACACCCGACUCCGAUAGUAUGCAGAGAGGACUGAACACUUUCCAUUUAUUAUCAUGUGUCAUGUGUUAUGUAUUUGGUGUCCCUUUUUGUACGACUUAGACAAAACACUUUGUAUAGUUGUUUAAGUUUGCUUUUUACUUCAAUGCAUUGGCAUGACAAAAG